AUGGAGGUCGUUCUAGCGGAAGUGGUAGGAGAAGAAGCAGGAAAGGGAAAAACCCUAAGAAUGGAAGAUUUUGAAGAUAGGAGUCAAAACGAUGUCAUUUUGGAGGACCUUCUUCCAAACCCUCCAUCUCCGACAAUUGCCGCCCACCCCCAACGCGCUGCAACAGGCUCCCACCAUCAGCCAUUUCACCUCAAUGGCAACCAAAGCUCUACUUCCUCCUCCAACAAUGGCAGCAAGAGCAUCAAGUUCCUCAAGAAGACUCUCUCCUGCACAGACACUAGUUCAAUGCUUUCUACUGAGGUCGUCCCAAAAGGGUUUCUGGCCGUGUGUGUUGGGAAGGAGCUGAAGAGGUUCAUCAUCCUGACAGAGUAUCUGGGUCACCAAGCAUUUGGGGUUCUGCUGAGGGAAGCCGAAGGAGAAUUCGGGUUUCAGCAGGAGGGUGUGCUCAAGAUCCCAUGUGAAGUGGCUGUGUUUGAGAGGAUCUUGAAGGUGGUGGAAGAGAAGAGAGAUGUGUCCUUCUUGUAUGAGUUUGGAUUGAAUGCGGAGAAGGAGAUGAUUGGUUGUUGUUCAUCCUCAGAUUGUGAGCUCACACCUUCUCACCAUCCUCAAAUGAGUAGGUGA